GAGACACAGAGGCAGAGAAGAUGGCGGCCGCGGCUGCACAGGGCGGGAGGGCUGGUGGUGGCGGAGGUGGCGGUGGUGGCUCCAGCUGCGGCACAAGCAGUAGCCGUGGCGGCUUGUUGGAUAAGUGGAAGAUUGAUGAUAAGCCUGUAAAAAUCGACAAAUGGGAUGGAUCAGCUGUGAAAAAUUCUUUGGACGAUUCUGCCAAAAAGGUACUUCUUGAGGUACUUCUGGAAAAAUACAAGUAUGUGGAGAAUUUUGGUCUAAUUGAUGGUCGCCUCACCAUCUGUACCAUUUCCUGUUUCUUUGCCAUAGUGGCACUGAUUUGGGAUUAUAUGCACCCGUUUCCAGAGUCUAAGCCUGUUUUGGCUUUGUGUGUUGUAUCCUAUUUUGUGAUGAUGGGAAUCCUGACCAUUUACACCUCAUAUAAGGAGAAGAGCAUCUUUCUUGUGGCCCACAGGAAAGAUCCUACAGGGAUGGAUCCUGAUGAUAUUUGGCAGCUGUCCUCCAGUCUCAAAAGGUUCGAUGACAAAUACACUCUGAAGCUGACCUUCAUCAGUGGGAGAACAAAGCAGCAGCGGGAAGCCGAGUUCACCAAGUCCAUUGCUAAGUUUUUUGACCACAGCGGGACACUGGUCAUGGAUGAAUAUGAGCCUGAAAUAUCCAGGCUCCAUGACAGUCUCGCCACAGAAAGAAAAAUAAAAUAGGCAGUUCUAAAAGCAGCCAUCUUUCUGCUGGAUCAUGCUGAAUUAUGGGGUGAGAGGGGAAGAAACAGAAAACUUAAAAUGGAUAAAGUAGAAAAUGUUAAAAAUACCCAUCUUGUCCUGAGAUUUUAGUUCAUUAUGAAUAAAUAGGGUUUUCUAGCUGAGAUAUGAGAAAUUUUAGCUCUGAUAGCUAGCUGUAGCCUCCCAGGUCUGCUGAUUGCAUUGUUUUUAUUUGCUUUUUUAGAAAGCAUUUUUGCUAAAAGCCAUGCAGACUUCUUCAUAACUAGCAGUACUUAGAGUAUAGCUUUGUGCCAUGCGACAUUUGAAGAUUCUGUUUUUAAAAUUAUUAACCUGUUUCUUAAUUGUGUUAAUUCCUUUUUCAGUAGCUGUUCCCCUUAAUUCAGAUGCAGCUUCUUGUGUAUGCCAUUGUUCCUUCACACACCAGUUUUGUGGGUGUGUAUAUACCUAAUUUGGAAUGAAUUGGGGGGAAACCCAGCUUUUUAAUUUGUUUUAAACAAACCUGCCUGUUACAUUUUGUUCUCUUAACCAAUUAAAGAAGCCAGUGGCAAUUUUAGUUUUAUACUGUCUGUGUUUCCACUUGUAUAUCCCUGUUGAUUUGUUUGUGUCCUUUAUUAACUGCCAUUUUAUAAAAUUUUUUUCAAUAAAAGAAAAGAGGAUGU